AUGGCGGUGGCAGAUUCAGCGCUGGGGACCGCGACGCCCGAGCCCAUGCCGAGCUACGCGCAACUGCUGCAACGGAGCUGGGGCUCCGUGCUGGCGGCGGCGCGGGGGUGCACGGACUGCGGCUGGGGGCUGACGCGCCGCGGCCUGGCGGAGCACGCGCACCUGGCGCCCGCCGAGCUGCUGCUGGGGGCGCUGUGCGCGCUAGGCUGGACGGCACUGCGCUCCGUGACCACCGCACGCCUCUUUCGGCCCCUAGCCAAGCGGUGCCGCCUUCAACCCAGAGAUGCCGCCAAGUUACCUGAGAGCGCCUGGAAGCUUCUGUUCUACUUGGGGUGUUGGAGCUACUGCACUUACCUGCUCUUUGGCACCGACUACCCCUUCUUCCAUGAUCCACCUUCUGUCUUCUAUGACUGGACAUCAGGCAUGGCAGUGCCUUGGGACAUUGCGGUGGCUUACCUACUGCAGGGAAGCUUCUAUGGCCAUUCCAUCUAUGCUACACUGUACAUGGAUGCUUGGCGCAAGGACUCGGUGGUCAUGCUGAUCCAUCAUGUGGUCACCCUAACCCUCAUCAUCUCCUCAUAUGCCUUCCGGUAUCACAACGUGGGCCUCCUGGUGUUCUUCCUGCAUGACAUCAGCGACGUGCAGCUAGAGUUCACCAAGCUCAACAUCUACUUCAAGGCCAGCGGCGGCUCCUACCACCGUCUGCAUGCGCUGGUGGCCAACGUGGGCUGCCUCAGCUUCUGCUUCUGCUGGUUCUGGUUCCGCCUCUACUGGUUUCCCCUCAAGGUCCUGUAUGCCACCUGUCACUGCAGCCUGAUCUCAGUGCCCGACAUCCCCUUCUACUUUUUCUUCAAUGCACUCCUGCUGCUGCUGGCGGUCAUGAACGUCUACUGGUUCCUGUACAUCGUGGCCUUUGCCAUCAAGGUGCUAACAGGCCAGAUGCAUGAGCUGAAAGACCUGCGGGAAUACGACAUGCUGGAAGCCCAGAGCCCCAAGCCCGGCAAGGCUGAGAAGCCACUGAAGAAUGGCUUCGUGAAGGACAAGACCUUCUGAGACCCUCGAGCCGCCACGGAGAAAUUGGUUUUGUUCAACCAAGGCCUGGGACUCGGAGACCUGGCCCGGCCCCCAAGACACAAGCUCCGCCUCACU